AUGGCCGCAGCGGUGGCUGACGCGGCGGUGCCGGCGGUGGCGAAGGCGAACGGCGCCGGGGCGGGGUGCUGCGCGGCGAAGGGCCCCGGGUACGCCACGCCCAGGGAGGCCAUGGAGAAGGGCCCGCGGGAGGGGCUCCUCUACGUCACCUGCGUCUACAAUGGUACUGGAAUCAACAAGCCGGAUUACCUGGCUACAGUGGACGUCGACCCCAAUUCAGCGACCUACUCCCAGGUGAUCCACAGGCUCCCGGCCACCCACAUCGGCGACGAGCUGCAUCACUCCGGCUGGAACGCUUGCAGCUCCUGCCAUGGUGAUCCAUCCACGAGCCGGCGCUUCUUGAUUCUCCCUUCGUUGCUGUCUGGUCGCGUGUAUGUGGUCGACACUGCAAAGGAUCCGAGGGCGCCUGCUCUGCACAAGGUUGUCCAGGCUGAGGACAUUGCUGAGAAGACCGGGCUUGGGUUCCCUCACACAUCCCAUUGCCUUGCAACUGGGGAUAUCAUGAUUUCCUGCCUGGGAGACAAGGAGGGCAAUGCUGCUGGCAAUGGCUUUCUCCUGUUGGAUUCAGAGUUUAACGUCAAAGGGCGUUGGGAAAAGCCAGGUCACAGCCCCUUGUUUGGCUAUGAUUUCUGGUACCAGCCUCGUCACAAGACGAUGAUUAGCUCUUCAUGGGGAGCUCCGGCAGCUUUCAGGACAGGUUUCGAUCUCCAGCAUGUCCAGGAUGGUCUCUAUGGAAGGCACCUGCAUGUGUAUGACUGGCCUGGUGGUGAGCUCAAGCAGACACUGGAUCUAGGCAGCACAGGUCUUCUUCCACUGGAGGUGAGGUUUUUACAUGACCCAUCAAAGGACACUGGCUAUGUUGGCUGUGCUUUGACAAGCAACAUGGUGAGAUUCUUCAAAACUGCAGAUGGAUCAUGGAGCCAUGAGGUAGCUAUAUCCAUAGAGCCACUGAAGGUGCGCAACUGGAUGCUGCCAGAAAUGCCAGGAUUGAUAACUGACUUUGUCAUCUCUCUCGAUGACCGUUAUCUCUACUUGGUCAACUGGCUUCAUGGGGAUAUCAGGCAGUACAACAUUGAGGACCCUGCAAAGCCUGUGUUGGCUGGGCAAGUAUUUGUAGGUGGGCUUCUUCAAAAGGGCAGUGAUGUUGUCUAUGUGACCGACGAUGACAAAGAAGAGCAGUAUGCUGUGCCCCAAGUCAAGGGGCACCGGCUUAGAGGUGGGCCGCAGAUGAUUCAGCUGAGCUUGGAUGGCAAGAGGGUCUAUGUAACCAACUCUCUCUUCAGCCGAUGGGACGAGCAGUUCUAUGGCCCUGACCUUCUCAAGAAGGGAUCUCACAUGUUGCAGAUCGACGUCGACACCGAGGAAGGAGGGCUGACUGUCAACCCCGACUUCUUUGUGGAUUUUGGCACCGAGCCUGAAGGUCCCUCAUUGGCCCAUGAAAUGAGAUAUCCUGGGGGAGACUGCACCUCUGACAUAUGGAUCUAG